CGAGAAGCUAAGUAGAGGGACGAACAUCAUACAAACUGAUGAUAUGCAAGGGAUUGCAAAAACUACAUUCUUAUUCAAGGGAUAAGACUGGGUGCCUAUAUGAUGCUCGCAAAGUCUUCAAUGAAAUGCCAAAGAAGAAUGUCGUCAUAUGCAAUGCCAUGAUCACUAGUUAUGGAAAGCAUGACAAGAGCGAUGAUGCCCGCAAGCUGUUCGAUGAGAUGAUGAAACGGAGUGUGGUUUCUUGGAGCGCGUUGAUUGAUGGGUAUAUCACAAACAACAGAACAAGAUAUCACUAUACUCAGUAUUCUCCUAGCCCUGCAACAUGGUCUCGGUGCUUCCCAUAUUGGGGACUCUAUCCAUGCCUUUGCCCGAAAGAUGGGUUUUCAUUCAUUGUGCCAGUGAGCAACGCGCUCAUUGACAUGUAUGUAAAAUGUGGGAGCAUAGCAAACAUGGGAAAAGUGUUCGAUAAAAUCCAAGAAAAAAGCUUGGUUUCAUGGGCCUGCAUGAUAUCGGCAUAUGCAAUGCAUGGCCAUGCCAAAGAGGCAAUUCGGGUUUUCAGAGAGAUGGAGGGGAUGGGAGUGAGCGCAAAUGGGAUCGCAUUUCUCGGGUUGCUGCAUGCUUGUAGCCCUGCAGGGCUUGUAAAAGAAGGUCAGGAGUAUUUCAGGGCUAUGGUAGAGGACUAUGGGAUUGUACCAGGUGUCAAGCACUAUGGAUGCAUGAUCGAUAUGUUAGGGAGAGCUGGUUUAUUAGAGGAAGCCGAGAAGAUGUUAGAAAGAGAGGUGGUGGUUUGGAGGACUUUACUUGGAGCUUGUUGUGUUCAUGGUGCAGUUGGUUUGGCGGAGCGUGUUAUGGAGAGGGUGGUGGAGUUAGGGGAAGAGUUUGGAGGGGACUAUGUGCUUCUCUCUAACAUUUAUGCAGGGGCUGGGAGAUGGAGUGAUGCUGAGAGAGUGAGAAGGUCUAUGGAAGAGUGGAAUCUCAUGAAAACUGUUGGUUCGAGUAAUUUGCUUUGAUGGACAGUAUCACUGAUUGAGAAAGGUAUGAGGGGGAAUUGCAAGCAAGUGUUGUAGCAGACUAUUUUUGUGAUUCCUUUUAUUUUUGAGUGUGAUCUGAUCCAACAACUCUUCUUCCUUUUUGGGCUAGUAACUUUGAAUAUUCUUAAUUGAUGGAAAUGCAUCCUACCCAAAAAAGAUCAAGGAUGGCUAGCUUUGGUUGUUUGGAAGACAAAGAUACAGCUGUUGUCACAUUAAUUCUUAUUUGACCUGAUUUUGAAAAGAAUUAUAAAGAAUGGUUGAUAAACAAUAUGCAAAAUGUUUCGUGGUCUGUGGAGACUGGUGCAUGAACUGCUCAAAUUUGAUCCUUCACAAAAAUUACCAAUAUUGGUCUGAAUUUCUUGGAGAGAGUAUACUGACAGGCAAAGGCUGCCUGGUUUUUUCAGCUGGUGCAAGAGUUGUAAUUUAUGUAAGAUUUUUUAUGCUUAGGAAAUGAUGAAUCGACCAUUUUGAAUAGUGGCAGCUGACAUGUUUCUAGCUUAUUAUUGUUGAAAGAAGUGGCUAUGUAAAACUUUAUAUGGUAUAAAAUUUUUCUCUUUUUCUUUUAUUAAUAUAUCUGAAUUCCACUUAGAAGUACCACAAAACAAUGUUGUAAACAAGAAAUAAAACCCUAAAUACAAGCUAGGAUCUUCUCUUUUUACUGCUGAAUAAAUAUGACUCAAUCUAGGAUUGUAACAAUCCCUAACUGUAAAUUCUAAUACAAACAAUGUUCCUGGAAAUUGCAAUAAAUUGAAUAAUAUUGAUAAAAAAUAAACUAAAAACAGCCAGGGAGACUUACUUGACUUUACCUGGGGUCACCCCCUUAGGACUUCAUUCACCCCAUACCCAAUUACCUGACCUAUGACGCACUCUUGAUCCUAUUGGCCCUGCUGUAUUCUCUAUGUCGGGAAACUGCUGGGCAAUAAUUUUUUGAUAUAUAGGCUUUCUGAGGCUUAAAACAAAUUAGGGUUGUACUAGACCCUUUUGGACCUAUCUAGAGCAUGCCACAAGUGGCACCUCCCUUGGUCCUAUUUAGGGCUUGGCUUGGCCCUUUUAUCUAUCCUAUGGGUCCCCAAGCUCUUUAGCAUAGUGUGUGUGAAAGCAGUGGCUUGGUGGAAUUCAAGGGAGUAAAAUUAAAAAAAAUUCUCUUUUCAUUUGUUUUAUUUAUGUAUCUGAAUUCCACUGACAAAUGCUACACAAUACUGCCAAAUAGAAUAGACACAUUCCAGGAUUGAAAAACACGCCUUGACUAUAAAUUUUAAUACAAAUAAUGUUCUUGAAAACUCCAAUAAACAAGCAAAGAUUCCCAAACAGCCAAGAAGACUUAUUUGAAUUUGCCUAGGGUCAUCCCCUUAGGACUUAGUAUAUCCCACACCCAAUUUCUUGAUCUAUAGCGCACUCUGAUCCUAUUGGCCCUACUGAAUUUUUUGAGAUGGGAUGCUUCCUUAGGCAAUACCUCAUAUAUUUAGAACAUGAACAAGAUUAGGGUUUCUAGACCCUUUUUAGACCUCUAUAGGGCAUGCCCUGAAAGGCACCUCUCUUAGUGGGCUGGGCGUGCCCCUCUUUGCUGUCUUUGAGUGGCAUGCCGCCCCUAGUAGCCUAGGGUGGUGUGCACCACCCUUUAAUGACUAAUGCGAGAGCGAGAGAGAGGCAUGGAGGAGAGAGAAUAAAAGAGAGAGUAGCUAGAAUGUGGUGAAUAAGAGUGAGCGGGUUCCCCUCCUUAUAUAGGCUUCAAGGGCAAGACACAAGCACAUAUUACUAUGGUGCAAGGGAAACUAUCUCUAUGCACAUGUACAUGUAUCCCUUUUUAGGGUUUCUUCUUGAUAAUGAGCGGGUUCUCCUCCUUAUACAGGCCUCAAGAACAAGACCUAAGCAUAUAUCACUAUACUACAAGGGAGACUCUCUCUAUGCAUAUGUACAUGUAUCCCUUUUUAGGGUUGCUUCUUAGUAAUGCGGCUGUCAUAUGUGUAUGUUGUUUAGAAGUUCUUUGAGGAUUUCACCCUUGCUCUCAUAGGCCUAUAUCCGUCCAUAAGGGACCAUGAGGCUCUCUUGGCCUACAAACCAUCCCUUGGCAUCUCUCUAACCUCAACAACUGAUGACCUCUGAAAACCCUCUUUAGUAGUGCUAUAUGCCCAGAGGUAAGGGUUUUGGACACGACCACGGCCAUAGACCGCUCGACCUGAUGAAGGGAAAAAUUAUUCUUAUUUUUUAUCUUUAUUCAACUUUAAAGGAUACAUUUUAUAGUUUUAAUUUU